ACUUGUGUGUGUGCCUGCCUUCCCCGCCGUCCCCGAGGCUCUUUAGGGCAAGGGCGUGCCUUAUCCAUCAGUAAGGUAUCAGUACCCAAAAAGUACAUUUAACACAUGUGUGCAUUUAAUACAGGUUUGUUAAAUGGACUGACUUCUGAUUCUAGCCUACUUCUGAUUUUUCAAAUCAGGAACAACUCUACUUUCUUGGCCUAGACGUUAACUUGGCAGAGUUGUUUCUGGGGGUGACCUGGCUCUGCAGCCACAGCUCUACUUUGGUGAGGCCUGCAUGAGUUGCAGGACCCAAGUGUAUUGUGGAUAGGGAGGCGCUGGACCAGAGAAGAGGGUGAAGGCAGGGCAGGAGGAACCUGUGAGAUACUCCCUGAAAUCUGGAGUACAAGCACAGGGACUACAGCCACAGAGGCCAGUCUACCCUGUGGAAUCCUGGAGAGCUAGAGGCUCAGAAAUCUCAGGAAAAUGAGAAGAGCGGGAGAAGACUGUGAGAAGAUGGCAGGGUAGGAAGCUCCAGGGAUCAGUCCCUCCACCAAAAGAACUGCUGAACUGUCAGAACUGUCUGAAUCCACUAUUUUCGAACUCUAGAGGCUAGUGGAAUACUUGCCAGGGAAGAGCUGGUUGAAGACACUGGUAAAUUUUGGUCAGUAUCAGUGAAUUUCACCUUCUUAUGCAGCAGCUACCAUCCCUACCCUAACCUCAAGGCAGCUACUGGGGAGGCUACAGCUUGUGUUCCUGGAAAUAAACAUAUAACUAAGGAUCAGCAGAUAUUUAAGGAAAUGUUGAAACGUAAAACAAGAAUAACAAACUGAGAAAACAGUGGAACGCAGAGACAAUUCACGGAUUGGACUUGAAAAAUCUCUCAGAAAGCAGGGGAGAAAAAGACAAAGGGAAAAUAUGAGAUAAAAGAUAAAUAGAUGAAAUUCUAAGAGGUCCAAUAUUCCUCUAAUAGUUAAUUCCAGAAAGAGAAAACAGGGCAGAAAAUUAUCAAGCAAUGAUGUAAGACUUCCCAACAUGCAAGAGAAAUCUUUAGAUUAAAGGGGCUCAGGGGUUGUCCGGCAUGAUAAAUAAAAAGCCUCACCUAGACCUAUCAUUGUGAGAUUUCAGAACACCAAGGAUAAAGAAAAGAUACCAAAAGCUCCCUAAAACAAACAAAAACAAAAAAAAAAUCACUCACAAAGUUCAGUGAAUCAAAUUGUAAUCAUACCUUUAUUUUUCAUUAGCAAUACUGGACAUCAGAUUUUAUGGAGGAGGAGAAGUGAUUUUCAAUCUUAAAGUCUAUAUCCUGUCAACUAUCAGCAGGGAAUAAAGAUAGUUCAUACAUCCAAGGAAUUAAAGCUAUAUUCCGCAAUCCCUUUCUUUAGAAGUUAGUGCAAGAUGUUCCACCAAAACGAGAGUAAGCUAAGAAGGAAAAGCCACAAGGACCCAGGAAAAGUGGACCCAGCCCUGGGGAGUUAUGAAAAGAAGCCCCUGUGGGACAGCCAGGCAACAGGUUCCUCUUAAACCUUUCUGUCUGAAUUUCAUUCUCUUGUAAAGGACUCCUGUAAAAGAAUUAAGAUCCACCCUGAAUGAGUUUUGUGCAAUAGAAUCCUACUUACCUACGAAAUGCAGUUAACACAUCAGCUGGACCUAUUUCCUGAAUGGAGAGUAACCCUUCUCUUAUUUAAAGAUGUAAAAAAUGCUGGAGAGUUGAGAAAAAAGGCCAUGGAAGGUGCUAUCAAUGGUUCAUUAAUAAAUCCUACAGUGAUUGUUGAUCCGUUUCAGAUACUUGUGGCAGCAAACAAAGCAGUUCAUCUCUACAAACUGGGAAAAAUGAAGACAAGAACUCUGUCUACUGAAAUUAUUUUCAACCUUUCCCCAAAUAACAAUAUUUCAGAGGCUUUGAAAAAAUUUGGUAUCUCAGCAAAUGACACUUCAAUCCUAAUUGUUUACAUUGAAGAAGGAGAAAAACAAAUAAAUCAAGAAUAUCUAAUAUCUCAAGUAGACGGUCAUCAGAUUUCUCUGAAAAAUCUUCCUGAAAUAACUAAUAUUACAGAAGUCAAAAAGAUAUAUAAACUUUCCUCACAAGAAGAAAAUAUUGGGACAGUAUUGGAUGGUAUCAUUUGUAGAAUGUCAACAAAAGACGUUUUGUGAAAUGUGAGAAAGAGUAACAAAAAUUUCAGUAUUAAAAAACCAUUGAUUUUCCUUUCCUGGCUUUAAAGUCACUAUGUUCACUGUAGAAAAAUUUAAAAGCACGGAAUAGCAUUAAGAAGAAAAAAAACAGUCCUUUUUUAAUAUUUUAAAAGAUAGUGAUUUUUACUGUCAUUUGUUCUUGUCUUCUAGCCUUCUGUUUCUAUUCAAAUAUAUUUUAUUUUUAUGUAAUUGGAAUAAUAAUUGCAAACAUUUAUUGAAUUCUUACAAUGUUCUAGAGUCUUGCCUUAAUGAUUCUAUAUCCAUCAGCUCACAUCCCUGCCCUUAUUUCUGGCUACACCAGUAUUCCCCUUCCAAGCCUCUGGUAUUUGUCUGAUCCUGCUUUAAUUGUUGUUCAUACAAGAAUUCAUUCAAUUCUCCUAACGACCUGAUGAGGUAUACACUGUUCUAUUCCUGUAUUAUACAUGAGGCAACUAAAGGAUUAUAGAAAUACUAAGUAACUCGCCCAAGGUCAUAUAGCUAGUGUGGAAUUAUGUUUUAUAAAUGAUUUGAUAUUUUUCUUUUCUCAGUUUAUAUUUUGAUUGUGUCUGUGGCUAAGCUAGGUCAGAAGUUGUGAACUCUUCUAUAAAGGGGCAGAUAGUAAAUACUUUUGGCUUUGCAGGCCAUACAGUCUCUGUUGCAACUACUCAGCUCUGCUGAGUGUGAAAGCAGCCUUAGAUAAUACAUAAACGAGGAGGAGCAUGACUCUGCGCCAAUAAAACGUUAUUUACCAUAAACGCAGCAGACAGGAUUUGACCUGUGGUGGUAGAUUGUGGACCUCUGGGUUAGCUGCCAUCACAGACAGUCCUUAAAGCCUACUGGCUUAACACACCAAACGUUUCUGUCUUGCUCACUCUACAUGUCCAACAUGAAUCAGUAGGAAGACUCAUUGUAGUGACUCAGGAACCCACUCUGAUGAUGGCCCAUCAACAGGUGCGCCAUGAUCACUCCACAGCUGGACGGGAAUGCUGCAAAUUGCCCAGUGGCUUUUAAAACUUCCACCAGUCACUUAGCUCAUGUUUCAUUGGCCAGAGCAAGUCACACCAACUUCAGAAGGGGUAGGGAAGUAUGAUCCUUCCAAGUGCUAGAAAGUGGAGCGGUGGCUUCCAUUAUGAUCUUAAAUAAUCAAGUACAUGUUUAACAUUUCUUGAGUGCUCACUGUACUUCAGGACCUGUGCUAAGCAGUUUAUUUGCACGUCUCAUUUAGUCCUCACUUCAACCCUAAGAGAUUUUACAAGGGAGGAAAUAGAUGUCUGUCCACUAUUUUAUUUGAAAGAGUUUCAAACCUUCAGAGUAAUUGAAAGUAGUACAGCAAACACCCAUGUACCUUUCACAUAAAUUUGUUAACAUUUUGCUACAUUUGCUUGCUCUCCCUCCUAUCAUCUGUCUGUACUGUCUAUCCAUCUAUCUGUUUAUACAUACACUUUUUUUCUGAGCUAUUUGAAAUUGCAGAGAUCAUGAUACUUUACCCUACUUUGACAUGUCUCCUAAGAUAAAGAAUAAAACGUAUUAAUAACCACAAUAUCAGUUAUGCCUGAGAAAUUUAACAUUGAUACAAUUAUAUGACCUAAUAUACAUCCAAAUUCAAAUCUCCCCCAAAUUUUCUCCAUAGUACUCUCCCACUCCUAAGCUGUACACCCCCCCCCAUUCAAGAUGUAAUCAUAAAGCAUAAUAUGUUCAGUU